AAGACAAAAACUCUGCUUGUAACUAGUAAGCGCUUGGAGAAGAAAAUUUCAAACAAGACUCUCAAAGUCUCUCAAACAAGGCUCUCACAGAAGCUACGUGGGGUAACAUUAGACAGCCACCUAAAUUUUAUUGAACAUAUUGAUGAACUUUGCAAGAAAAUGGCACAAAGGAUUUCUGUACUUAAAAAGAUUAAGCGUAAUUUGCUACUUGCAGGGCGCAAGCUGCUUUUUAAUGCAUUGAUUAAGCCCAUAUUGUUGUAUGGAUCUUACGCAUGGACCCGGCGGCAACGGAAGAGAAUGUGGAACGUGUAUUAAACUGCAAAAGCGGGCUGCUCGCGUAAUUUUAGAUGCAAAUUUAAGAGAUAGGAGUAAAGACCUUUUAGACGGUUUGAUUGGCUGCCGUUUAAGGAGGAAGUAAAUAUUCAACAGUGUAGUUCAAUAUUUAGGCGCAUACGAAACGAAGAUGACUGCCCAGACUAUGUAACGAAACUAUUACCUAGAAACUCAGAUCUCAGGAGCGACAGCAAAGCUAGCCGUUAUGGAAGGUUUAAUUUGGUACGUCCUUUUUAUAAUAGAGAAACGGAAGGGGGACGUACUUUUAAAGUUAGUGGAGCUAAGCUAUGGAAUAGGAUUCCUCUUGAUAUGCGAAAGAAGGACACCGCUGGCGCGUUUAAGAAUGCUCUUGUUUUAGCCUAG